UUUUUUAAAUGGACCUCUGAGAACGUUUGAGAGAUCUAGACCGUUUAUUGAGAUCGGACGGUGAUUAUCUAAUCUAAACGGUAAGUUUGUAAGAUCAUGUGGGACCGGGACGAUCUAUUUAUUAUUAUUAUACCUCUCUGUUACAAACAAACACAUGUUUAUCACGGAGAAGGAAAGAAGAGAUGGAGAUGAUGAUUCUCAAGAAACUGUUUAUAAUGGACAUGAUGAUGUUGCCUCCUUUAAAUGGAACAGGAGCAGCAGUGAUUGAUGAUCUAACAGACAUUGACAUCAAGCUACCAAUGCUAGUCUUUGUAUGGAGAUAGAAGCCGCUUGGUUAUGAGAUUGCUGGAGCCACCAAUUGCUUUGGUUAGGACCAGAGCAAUCACGUCAUUUAUUCUCAACCACAACACUGUCUUCUUUGAUGUUAGUAGUCUUGCAUCUUAUUUUGAGUGUUUGUGUUUGGUUUGAUCUAUGUAACUGUGUUUAUGUAAUCACACAAGUAUGCUUUCUGGUUAGUCCGAGACAGAGUAAGAAGACAUCAUACACAUGACAUUGGAGAAUUAUAAGGCAAAAUCUUCCAUAUAGAGAUAAAUCAUCUCUAAAGACUUUUGAGAACCAAAAUAAGGAGUAGUAUCUGCACAAAAUUACUCAUAGAAUCAAUAAUAAACAAAAAAAAAAAACUUUAACCUGAACUAUGUGUGAAUAAUUGAUAAGAAUUGUAGCUAUGAACUAUUCUCUCUAUCACUUCUCAAUCCAAGAUACAAACUCAAGAACCCUAACAAUGGAGAUUUGUUCUCCUCUAACAAACCAUACGUUUGUUACACGCACAUCAAUACAUGCAUAACUUCUUCAAUACUCUCCUAUCUAUUUAUAUACAACUCAUUGGGACUCUCAAGCGGUUACACAAUCUAUUUCUUCUUGCUCUGUUUUUAACUAUGUUUCACGUGCCUUCUCUGCUUCUCUUUGCUUAUUCACGUGCCUCAACGACUCCUUUUGAGCUACCACACAUGCCUCUUAUCAAUAAGCUAACUAUAUUUUUAUUUUUUCUUCCCACAAGAACAUAUUCAACCGCCGGUAGAAUACUUGAAAAGAAGUUUGCUCUUCUAAAUUGCGUCUACAGUCUGGUUUGAACUGUCUGAAGCAACACUACUCUGUUUCGGCAAGGUUUACACAAUCUUUAACAGAAUUGUUUCCAGUUGAAAACCACCAAGGAAACUCUGCUUAUCUUCGGUUUAGUCCUCAUG